GUAGGAUCUUCUAACAUAGGAUCAUUUUUACCCCUAAUCGUGCCCUUAUUUGUAAUGAUGAUGCCAGUCAAAAUGGCGGAUGGCAGGAUGAUGAAUAUGAUUGAAAUGCUGAUGAUGAAACCGACAGUAGCUAAUCCUCCCACUACAGCAACUACAACCACAAGAAAGCCUCCAGAUCCAUGUGUACCUCGUUGUCCUGCCGGUUAUGUGCAGGUACCCGAUCAAAGUGUUAGUAAUAAGUGUUUCCGUGCUGGACGUGGACAGGCCUCUUUUACGGCUGCGGACGCUGAAUGUUCGGAAACUACGAAUGCUAACCUGUGGUGUCCUGGUAGCAUUGCUGAAGAUAGAUCUGUUCGUUCAAAAUUGAAACUAGGAACCGAAACGUUGAGGAUUGGAUGUAACGAUCAAGACAAAGAUGCAUCGUACACGUGCAAAGGUACCGAAAGGAAAUGUGAUCCCAAAAACCCAUCUUUUGGAGAAAAAGCUGAAGGUACAGCUGGUUGUAGUGUUGGUGAAAGGUGUGACGGUGAUGAAAAGGGAUACUGCGUAAACAUUGCAUUUGAUGGUUCUUCAAAGGAUAAAAAGAAAUGGUUACUAGUGGAAUGUAACAGCGAAAACUUAUUUGUAUGCGAGGUUCCAAUUAUACCUUGCUAA